CUGCCGGCCCAGCCCCGCAGCGCCGCUUCCGGUGCGGGCCCCGCCCCGGCUGUGGCCCCCGGCUACCGAGGAGGCUGAGAAGCUGCUGCGGCGCCGGGGCCUCAGCGCUCGGUUCUUUACCGCGGAGUGAACCGGAGUGCUCCGCACAGGUUCAGAUCCAGUGUGCCUGCUGGGCUGUGCCCAGGUUCAUAGCCAUGCCAAACAGUGGGUGAAACUUGAAGCAGCGAUGGAACCACUGCACCACCAGCAGAAGCAGAAGCAGCUGCAGAAGCAAUCCCACCUGGCUUCUUUGCAGAUGGAUGCUCGGGAGAAGCAGGGACAGCAGAUGAGAGACACCCAAUUCUUGUAUGCUCAGAAGCUGAUCACACAACAGACUCUCCUUUCUGCCACACCUGGAAGGCCUUCUGCCACCCCUACCCUGGGUCCUUUAGCAAAAGUCCCACCAACCACAGCAGCCCCCCGAGUUUUUGAACGAAGCAACGUAAACUCAGAGCCUGAGGAAGAGGAAGGCUUGGAAGAUGAGGAUGGGGAUGAAGAAGAGGCAGAGGUAGCUGAGAAAGAGGCACAGACUGCUUCAAAAUACUUCCCUGUGCAGAAAGCAGCUCACCAAGAUCCCAGAGCAGCACCCCUGCCCACGAGUCUCCUUCCAGCACCAGGACCUCAGACUAAGGAAGACCAUACCAAAGAUGCUUCCACGACUCCACCUUCAGUCUCCACGUCUGGUCAGCCGAGCUGGAAUCUGGAAGAGCAGCUCAAACAGAAUGGCGGUUUGACCUGGAGUGACGAUGCAGAUGGAGGUCGAGGAAGAGAGAUCUCUCGAGAUUUUGCCAAGCUGUAUGAACUGGAUGAUGAUCCUGAAAGGAAAGAGUUCCUAGAUGAUCUCUUCAUCUUUAUGCAGAAGAGGGGGACCCCAAUCAACCGAAUACCCAUCAUGGCCAAGCAGAUCCUGGACUUGUACAUGCUGUACAAGCUGGUAACCGAGAAGGGGGGCCUGGUGGAGAUCAUCAACAAGAAGAUCUGGAGGGAGAUCACCAAAGGCCUGAACCUGCCCACAUCUAUUACCAGCGCCGCCUUCACUCUGAGGACCCAGUACAUGAAGUAUUUAUAUGCCUAUGAGUGUGAGAAAAAAGCCUUGAGCUCCCCAGCAGAGCUCCAGGCAGCCAUCGAUGGCAACCGGAGAGAGGGUCGGCGGCCCAGUUACAGUUCUUCCCUCUUUGGCUACUCACCUACCGCUGCUACUGCUGCAGCUGCCGGGGCCCCGGCUCUUCUCUCCCCACCCAAGAUCCGCUUCCCUAUCCUUGGGCUCAGCUCCAGCAGUGGUACCAGUGCCAGUAACUCUCGGAUAACCCCAGCAGCCUCACUCAGGAAAGGUGACGGACUCCCAGUGACAGCGGUGCCUGUAACUAAUCGCCUAGCUGUGCCUGUGACCCUGGCAGGCCCGCAGGCUAGUACUCGGACUACCACACUGGAGCAGCUGCGGGAGCGGCUGGAGUCAGGGGAGCCUCCGGAGAAGAAGGUGUCGAGGCUGUCGGAGGAAGAACAACGUCUGGUGCAGCAGGCCUUCCAGCGCAACUUCUUCAGCAUGGCGCGGCAGCUCCCCAUGAAGAUCCGGAUCAACGGCAGAGAAGACAGAUCAGAGGCGUCAGCUGCAGCACUGAACUUGACCACGAGCAGCAUUGGGAGCAUCAACAUGUCCGUGGACAUUGACGGCACCACGUAUGCAGGUGUGCUGUUUGCCCAGAAACCUGUGGUCCACCUCAUCGCGGGGUCUGCUCCUCAGAGCGUCGGCAGCAGUGCCGGCAGCAGCAGCAGCAGCUCUCACUGUUCGCCAAGUCCUACCUCAUCCCGGGGUACCCCCAGCGCAGAGCCCUCCACCAGCUGGUCCCUCUGA